AUGGGGGCAAGUGUCGGGUCGAUACGCUUUAUCUCCCAGCUACUUAAGCUGACGGCGGUCAAAACUCUUCUGGGAGCAGCAUUUCUCUGGCUGGUUGUAUUCCAGUACUGUCGAUACCAGUUCUGGCGGAAUCCUCACUCUGCUUUUUUCAACGACCGGACGGGAGUUUAUGAUUUGGGGUAUAGCCUGAUCCGGGAGCGAGAAGCCCAUCACUUCAUCACCAGGAAUAAUGCGCCUACAGAGCCGCCUGCUUCAAUCAAAGGCGGUACAGAUCCGUUGUUCUGCGUUGCAUUCGUGACUGUCCGGAGAGAGGCAGAUGAUUAUUUUGAUCCGUCCAUUGGUUCUCUCCUUGUAGGACUUGAUCCACGGGAAAGACGGGCACUCCAUCUUAACAUCCUCUUCGCCGAUACGGACCCGAAGAGACAUCCAAGCUGGGGACAGAAAUGGGUUGACCGGCUGACGGAUGUUGCGGAGACGUACAAUGUCUCUGCGAGUCAGUUGGACCACCUUAAGAAGCUGGAGACGGAAAGGAACUUUUAUGAAAAGGGAGUGUUUGAUUAUGUAUAUGCACUGAACUCCUGCAAGAAAUCCAACGCCCCGUACACAGUGGUAUUUGAGGACGACAUCAUCAUCGCGGAGGGCUGGAUGGCGAAGACGCUGAAAGGGCUAGCGGACAUCAAGCGGAUGCCAUCGGGCGAACGGCCCUGGAUAUACCUUCGCCUCUUCUACACAGAAACAGCUCUGGGGUGGGAGUCGUCCGACUUUGCCUAUAGAAACAUGCUUCUUAUCUUUAUAGCUGCCAUGCUAUCCACCUUCUCCGCCCUGACUGUCAUACGCCGCCGCUCCUACCGUUCGCUGAUCGACGUCCCUACCACCCUGGCAAUAAGCGUGAUUUGUGUCCCAGCCUUCAUUGCCCUUAUAUAUAUGGUCGGAAAAUACUCUUUAUUCCCGCUACAUGGAGUCGUCGAGAUAGCUCCGUACGGAUGCUGUACGCAGGGCAUGGUGUUCCCCCGAGAACAGGUCGACGGUCUUAUAGCUUAUCUUCAAAAGAGAGGCCAUGGGCAGACAGAUACUAUGAUAGAAGAAUAUGCGGAGGAAAGCAAGCUGAUCAGAUAUGCCCUUGCUCCGCAGCAGCUGCAGCAUGUUGGGCUGAAGUCAAGCCGUGAUAACACUGAGUUGAAUGCGCAGAGUACGUGGGCGUUUUACUUUGAGGAGAAUGUACCGAAGCUACUGAGGAAGGAGCAUGAUGGGAUUCUACAGGAUAAGGAGAUUGGAGCACUUUUGGAUAAGCAUGGCGCAGGUAAAUAA